UAUAUGUUGUAGUGUCGUUUAUAAGUAGUUCGUCUGUGGUCUAUAAGUAUUUCGUUGUAGUUCCAUUUUAUAAAUAAAUAAAAGCUUGUUUUGAUUUUUUUCUAUUAUAAGUAAUAUAAAAUAUCAAAAUGUAUGAACAAGAAGAUGAUCAAUUUGAUGAUGAGGAUACUGAAGAAAUCAGUGCUGAAUUAUGGCAAGAAGCCUGUUGGAUUGUUAUCAAUGCUUAUUUUGAUGAGAAAGGUCUAGUACGUCAACAGUUGGAUAGUUUCGAUGAAUUCAUUCAAAUGUCUGUGCAAAGAAUCGUAGAAGAUUCCCCACAAAUUGAUUUACAAGCCGAAGCUCAACAUACAACCGGGGAAAUUGAAAAUCCUCCAAGAUAUCUAUUAAAAUUUGAACAGAUCUAUUUAUCAAAACCUACUCAUUGGGAAAAAGAUGGUGCACCAUCUCCUAUGAUGCCUAAUGAAGCUCGGUUAAGGAAUUUAACAUAUUCUGCUCCUUUAUAUGUGGAUAUUACAAAGACUAUCGUUAAAGAAGGAGAGGAUCCCAUUGAAACCCAACACCAAAAAACAUUUAUAGGUAAAAUUCCUAUAAUGUUGCGAUCGACAUAUUGUUUAUUAAGUGGUUUGACGGAUCGUGAUUUAACAGAAUUGAACGAAUGUCCUUUGGAUCCUGGGGGAUAUUUCAUAAUAAACGGUUCAGAAAAAGUACUAAUUGCUCAAGAAAAAAUGGCAACUAAUACAGUUUAUGUAUUUUCAAUGAAAGAUGGAAAAUAUGCUUACAAAUCUGAGAUAAGGUCUUGUUUAGAACACAGCUCGAGACCGACGUCUACAUUGUGGGUUAAUAUGAUGGCUCGAGGAGGACAAGCCAUAAAAAAAGCUGCAAUCGGUCAACGUAUUAUUGCUAUUCUACCAUAUAUAAAACAGGAAAUACCAAUUAUGAUAGUAUUCAGAGCUUUAGGUUUCGUGGCUGACAGAGAUAUAUUAGAACAUAUAAUUUACGAUUUUGACGAUCCAGAAUUGAUGGAAAUGGUUAAACCGUCAUUGGAUGAAGCUUUUGUUAUUCAAGAACAAAAUAUUGCUUUGAAUUUUAUUGGAGCGAGAGGCGCACGACCUGGUGUCACAAAAGAGAAACGUAUCAAAUAUGCCAGGGAAAUUUUGCAAAAAGAAAUGUUGCCUCACGUAGGGGUAUCAGAUUUUUGUGAAACCAAGAAAGCCUAUUUUUUGGGAUACAUGGUCCAUCGGUUACUUCUAGCUGCUCUAGGUCGUCGAGAAUUGGACGAUAGGGAUCAUUAUGGAAACAAAAGAUUGGAUUUGGCAGGACCUUUAUUAGCUUUUCUUUUCAGAGGUUUAUUCAAGAAUCUGAUGAAGGAAGUGAGAAUGUAUGCCCAAAAAUUCAUAGAUAGAGGCAAGGAUUUCAAUUUAGAUUUGGCUAUAAAAACGAAACUGAUUACUGACGGUUUGAGAUAUUCUUUAGCUACUGGAAAUUGGGGUGAUCAGAAAAAAGCUCAUCAAGCUAGAGCUGGAGUGUCUCAAGUAUUGAACCGAUUGACAUUUGCUUCGACUUUAUCGCAUCUGAGACGUGUAAACUCGCCUAUAGGUCGAGAUGGUAAAUUAGCUAAACCACGUCAGUUACAUAAUACUCUGUGGGGAAUGAUAUGUCCUGCUGAAACUCCUGAAGGGGCGGCUGUAGGUCUUGUGAAAAAUUUGGCCUUGAUGGCGUACAUUUCUGUUGGAUCUCAACCCUCUCCUAUAUUAGAGUUCUUGGAAGAAUGGUCUAUGGAAAACUUGGAGGAAAUAGCGCCCUCCGCAAUUGCCAACGCUACUAAAAUAUUCGUCAAUGGCUGUUGGGUCGGUAUUCAUCGAGAUCCCGAACAAUUAAUGGCGACCCUAAGAAAACUCCGAAGACAGAUGGACAUUAUAGUAUCCGAAGUAUCUAUGAUACGAGAUAUUCGAGAUCGAGAGAUAAGAAUUUAUACAGAUGCCGGAAGAAUCUGCAGACCUUUAUUGAUCGUUGAAAACGGUCAAUUAUUACUUAAAAAAAGGCAUAUCGAUAUGUUGAAAGAAAGAGAAUACAAUAACUACGGUUGGCAAGUACUAGUAGCGUCCGGUGUCGUCGAAUAUAUCGAUACGUUAGAAGAAGAAACUGUAAUGAUUGCAAUGAAUCCAGAAGAUUUGCGACAAGAUAAAGAAUACGCUUACUGUACAACUUACACCCAUUGCGAAAUCCAUCCGGCCAUGAUAUUGGGUGUAUGCGCAUCGAUUAUUCCGUUUCCGGAUCACAAUCAAAGUCCCAGGAAUACUUAUCAAAGUGCUAUGGGUAAACAAGCUAUGGGGGUUUACAUAACGAACUUUCACGUUAGAAUGGAUACGCUGGCUCAUGUUUUGUAUUAUCCCCACAAACCUUUGGUGACCACUAGAUCGAUGGAGUACCUUAGAUUUCGAGAAUUACCCGCAGGAAUUAAUAGUAUAGUAGCGAUUGCUUGUUAUACCGGGUAUAAUCAAGAAGAUUCCGUUAUUUUGAAUGCUUCUGCUGUGGAAAGAGGAUUUUUUAGAUCGGUGUUUUAUCGUUCGUACAAAGAUGCAGAAUCGAAACGAAUUGGUGAUCAAGAAGAACAGUUCGAAAAACCUACCAGACAAACUUGUCAAGGUAUGAGAAACGCUCUGUAUGAUAAAUUAGAUGAUGAUGGUAUAAUAUCACCGGGUAUUCGUGUUUCCGGUGAUGACGUUGUGAUUGGAAAAACGAUGACGUUACCAGAAAAUGACGACGAGUUGGACGGUACAACGAAACGUUACACAAAACGAGACGCCUCAACUUUUCUCCGUAACAGCGAAACUGGCGUUGUCGAUCAAGUGAUGUUAACGUUAAAUUCGGAAGGUUACAAAUUUUGUAAAAUUCGAGUACGAUCCGUAAGGAUACCACAAAUCGGAGACAAAUUCGCAUCAAGACAUGGACAAAAAGGAACCUGCGGUAUCCAAUAUCGACAAGAGGACAUGAUAUUCAGUUGCGAAGGCAUCACCCCGGAUAUUAUAAUCAAUCCUCACGCUAUCCCGUCUCGUAUGACAAUCGGUCACUUGAUCGAGUGCAUUCAAGGAAAAGUAUCGUCGAAUAAGGGAGAAAUAGGUGAUGCGACGCCUUUUAAUGACGCCGUCAACGUACAAAAAAUCUCGACGCUUCUUCAAGAAUACGGUUAUCAAUUAAGAGGUAACGAAGUGAUGUACAACGGACACACCGGACGAAAAAUCAACGCUCAAAUUUUCUUGGGACCGACUUAUUAUCAAAGAUUGAAACACAUGGUGGACGAUAAAAUACAUUCUAGAGCUAGAGGUCCUUUACAGAUCCUUGUAAGACAACCCAUGGAAGGUCGUGCCAGAGACGGUGGUUUACGUUUCGGUGAAAUGGAACGUGAUUGUCAAAUAUCGCACGGAGCCGCGCAAUUUUUGAGGGAGAGAUUAUUCGAAGUAUCCGACCCGUAUAGAAUACACAUUUGUAAUUUUUGCGGAUUGAUAGCCAUCGCAAAUUUGAGGAAUAACACUUUCGAAUGUAAAGGUUGUAAAAAUAAAACGCAAAUAUCUCAAGUUAGAUUACCGUAUGCGGCUAAAUUGCUGUUUCAAGAAUUGAUGGCUAUGAAUAUAGCUCCGCGUCUUAUGGUAUUGUAACUUGAGUUUAUGACUAAGAAUGUAUUAUUUUAUUUUUUAUUUCCAAUAAAUACAAAUUGAAAUUAAAUCG